ACUGACAGCGCGACAAUGCCAGAAGAAAAAGUGUUUCAUCAGCAGGGUGUCCACAGCCCUCUGGAGCAGGGGGUCAGCAGCAGCAGCUCCAUCCCCUGUCAGAACUGUGGCAAGGCCUGCAAGGGAGAGGUGCUGCGCGUGCAGAACAAACACUUCCACAUCAAGUGCUUCGUCUGCAAAGUGUGUGGCGUUGACCUGGCCCAAGGGGGGUUCUUUGUGCGCCAGGGGGAGUACAUCUGCACCCUGGACUACCAGCGGAUGUACGGCACGCGCUGCUUCAGCUGUGAGGAGUUCAUCGAGGGAGAGGUGGUGUCGGCCCUGGGCAAGACCUACCACCCACGCUGCUUCGUCUGCGCCAGCUGCAAACAGCCGUUCCCUGCCGGUGACCGCGUGACAUUUAACGGUAAAGAGUGUAUCUGCCAAAACUGUACAGAGCCCCUGCCUGCCAACAGCCCUGCUCCCAUACAGGCUGUCCACAACUGCUGUGGCUGUGGGAAGGAGUUUAAGAACGAGCAGUCCCUGGUAGCGCUGGACAAACACUGGCACCUGGGCUGCUUCAAGUGUAAGGUGUGCAACAAGGUGCUCAACGCAGAGUACAUCAGCAAGGAUGGGAUCCCCUACUGCGAGGUGGACUACCAUGCCAUGUACGGCAUCCAGUGUGACAGCUGCAAGAAGUACAUCACCGGAAAAGUACUGGAGGCUGGGGAGAAACACUACCACCCGUCAUGUGCCCGCUGUGCCAGGUGUGAGCAGAUGUUUGGAGAGGGAGAGGAGAUGUACCUGCAAGGCAACUCUAUCUGGCAUCCUCCUUGCAGACAGGCAGCCAGACAGGAGGAGAAGAGUAAGAAGCAGGUCCGGAUACAGCUCAAUGACGUCUCUGAGCGACAGGUGACCAGGACCUCCUCUGAGAGCAUCACCUCUGUCCCAGCCUCCAGUGCAUCUGGCUCUCCCAGCAGGGUCAUCUACGCCAAACUAGGAGAUGAGAUGCUGGACUACAAGGACCUUGCUGCUCUGCCAAAGAUCAAGGCGAUCUACAACAUCGACCGGCCAGACAUGCUCACCUACGCUCCUUAUGUCAGCUACCCCUCAGAGGAACGACACUACGGAGAUGGCGACGGAGAGAAGUCUCCCCGUCAGAGGAGGCCCUCCAGCCCCAGCUCCAACAGCUCCCAGGGGAGGUAUGGAGGGUACACCCCGUCCCGCUCCCCCCAGAACUACAGCAGGCCAGAGGAUCUUUAUAUGGCCAGUAAAGCAAUGGGUAAUAGAUACAAUGGCCAGCCCCUUGACUCCAGCUCCCUCCCCCGCCCAUCGGCCUACACGGGGGGGCCUAAGUACCUCUCCCCCUUGGCUAGGGACUUCUCUUCCCUCCCCAUGCACUACUCAGAGGGCCUACCCCCCAAGUACCCUUGGGCGCUGCAAAUGCCUGGGGGGAUGACAGUGCCGGGCAGAAUCUCUCCCAGGGGCAGAGUCUCUCCUGGAGGCAGAAACUCUCCUCUGCCCUUUAACCCUACCACCCUGGCCAUGCUCCAGCAGCACAACUAUGUGCCCUACUUCAGAGGUAGUGAAAGUGGUCGGAGUACACCCAGUUUGUCCACCUAUUCCGACGGCAAAUCUCCCUCCUCCACCUAUGUGGCUGCUCCUAGGCAUUUCCACGUACCAGAGACUAAGGUCAAGAUAGAUAAUAUCUAUAGAAAACCCCCUAUCUACAAGCAGCAUGCCUCUAGAACAUCCUGGCCAGAAGGGGACGACGUCAAGACAAGGACCAGUUGGAUGAUCUUGAAGAGUGAGAUAGACGGCCAACCUCUCCCAGAGGACCUGCUGGACCCCAGGAAGUCCACCUGCAGCCUGCCCACUGACGCCUCCCUGCCCAGCUUCCCCUACAGCAAGUCUGCUUCCCUGCCAGGAUAUGGAAAAAAUGGCAUAUACAAGGAGGUUGCCGACCAUGCUGAGGAUGAGCCAGACCAGCAGGACUCCCACAGCUGGGGAGGAAUGAGAGAGUACAAGGUGUACCCCUAUGAGGUGCUGGCUGUGACUCACAGGGUGAGGGUGAAGCUACCCAGAGAUGUGGACCGUACCAGACUGGAGAGACACCUCUCCCCAGAGGACUUCCAGCAUGUGUUCGGGAUGACCCUGGACCAGUUUGACCGCAUGGCCCUGUGGAAGAAGAACGACAUGAAAAAGAAAGCACGCCUUUUCUAAAGCCAAGUGACUGUAACAGAGAUAAAAAUAGCAUCUCUAGUCUACAACGUCGGUCCAGUCUGGAAGAAAGGAAAUCCGAAAGAAAACCCCCCCCCAUCAGAAAUCAUCUAUAUAUGCACCGCCAUACGACUUUGCGCCUGCGAAACAUCAUCUCUGCCAGAAUAAGGAAGGUGGAGACAUUUUCACGAUGUCGCCGUGACCGACAUCCAACGUCGAGGCAAUGUUUGUCACAUAUAGCUUUUGUAUGCGUUGUGGUCUGAAUGUUAUUUUUUUAUAACCUUUGGGGAGGUGGGGGGGGGGGGGAGAUGCAUUUGCAUGGCCCGUGACACCACUCCUCCUCUUCCCCUCUCCCCGCCUCUAUGUGAGUUCUGCAUCCCCCACCCCCUUCCUCCCCAAAAAGAGAAAUAGGCUUUUUUCUCUUUGUCUCUGUUUCUUCCUGGUUCAACGUCUGCCUCUUCUACGGUCUUUAUCUCGACUUGGAACAAUAUCUCUGUCUGUUUUCUAUCUGUUUCGUUUUCCCCAUUUUUAUCAUUCCUGCUAUCUGUUUUUCUUCCCCUCUCUUAUGGUCUCUCUCUCUCACUUGAUCUUUCCUUAUCUACCGUGUCUCAUUUAAGGUCUCUCUCUCUCUCUCUCUCUCUCUCUCUCUCUCUCUCUCUCUCUCUCAUUCCCCACCCCUGUCUCUCUCAUUCUCCCCCCCUCUCUCUCAUUCUCCCUCCUCUCUCUCUUUCUCUCUAAUUCUCCCCCCCUCUCUCUUUCUCUCUUUCAUUCUCUCUCUUUCUCUUACCACCUCACCUCUCCUCUUACUCCUCUUCUCUGUCUUUUUCCAUCUCAUUUUCUUUCUUUCUUUUUUCUUUCUUUCUUUCUUUCUUUCUUUCUUUCUUUCUUUCUUUCUCUCUCUAUCCUCCCUUUCCCCGCUGUAGCCUGUGCUAGCCUCUAACUCACCACAACUUAUAGUCUCAUAUCUGAACAACAGAUGUAUCAUUUUACAGCAGUGGAGGUUAAGAUAGGAAAAGUUUAUCUUCUCCUUUUUUAAGUGGGUAGUUUGUUUGAUAGCCAUGCCAUGAUUUGUUGGUAGAGGGCUGUAUCUUACACACGCCACUCAUAAAUCAGUGAAGAUGGGAGUGUUGGGGUUGGAUCAGAGCCAACAGCAUGAAUCAUGGGUAAAAACAGUACCAUAGGCACCACUGAUACCCAUAGCAGAUGUAUAGAGCCUCAGGUUCUUUCAAGCCCUUUUGUCAAACACUGCCUUGCCAGACACUUUUACGUAAAUCCCUUCCCAUCAAAAACCUACAUUAUUUUUAUAAGCUAUUUUUGACUCCUGGAUGGCCGUCAUCCAUUCUGUGGAAGUUUUCAGAUGUGAGAAUUGUGUUGUUAUGACACCUUUAUCAUCUGCUCCCCCCUCAUUGUCCUCACACUAUCUAACACAGGCCUGCAGCAGCACUUGAGAUAUACAAGUUAAGCCUUGCUUAAUGAAUUGAUAAUGACAUAUUGACACAUAAUAUGUACCUUCUGUGAUAGAGGAUGAACCCUUUCUAUGUUCGUUGUUUGUCAAAUCAUUUGGCAUCCACUGCCACAUAUGUAGUGGGAAAACCUAUAUUGGCUUUGCUAAGUCUCCAGAAACUCCAACAAUAAUUCAACCAUAAGUGGCAUACAAUAUACAAUAUAGACGUGACAUACAGCGUACAUAUAUUUGUCUCGGAGUUUGUUAUGCAAGUCAAGGUAUAUAUUGCCUCUAGGGCAUGCAUGCAUAUGAGAGAUCGUUCAGGUCGUCUACGAUGGGAAAUGUAUGAAAAUGUUUGUAAAAACAUUCUCAAUUUGGAUCAUUUUGGUCCCUCAUUUUGGUUAAUUAUUUUAUGCACAUUUUUUAACACAACUUUUGUCCAAUGAAAAGCCCAAUUCAGAUGCUUUUGUUUGCCAUUUAUUUAUAGACAUCUUAAAGGGAGGAUGAGGAUGGUCACCUUUAAAUCUAAUGGCUAUAAGGGCAGGUGUAUUGGAAAAGAUAUGCUCAAUAUAAAUGAAAAACACAGUCAAUCUGAAUAAAUAUCAAAUCAGAGUUUUGCUCCAUCGGUAAGUAGAACAUUAGCCGUCGUCAUCAAAGCUCAUGUCUCCUGACUUCUAAUGUCAAUCUGAAAUGAAAGCGCUUUUAUCGAAAUUCAAAUCAAAUGUAUUUAUGACACCCAUUUUGCGUCAGCAGAUGUCACAAAGUGCUGAUACAGGAGCAAUGGAGUCGACCACGUAUUAAAGUGCUUGAGUGUGCCUCGUUGAAUGUGAAUGCCGAUAGUGUUGCAGAAUUACAUUGUCAAAUCUAAUGUCUGCUUAUAUCGGAUGAUCAUUUAUUGCAGUUUGGAAGAAUGCUGUGUGUAUGGAUGUGUGUAAGUUUUGACCUUUUUGGAUCACUGUUACAACGUCAUUGUAACAUUGAAAGAAGGUUGAUGUAGCGUUAUCAAUGGUGAGGAGGGCUUUCCCAGAACAUAGAUCACAAUGGAGGGCUGUUCGGAAACACUGUGUUUGUUUUUGUGUUUGAACAGCUGUGGAAACAGUAGUGUAAGCUGAGAGGCAGAAACUAAGGUCUGAGCUCUGAACUUGCCCUUAGGCACACACAGAUCUGGGAUCAGAUUCCAUUCUCCUAAUCCUAACCUUAACUAUUAGGGAGGAAAUGCUAAAUGUGUCUUAGUUCAGUCAGUGUCUACACUCUUAGAAAAAAGGGUUCUUCGGCUGUCCCCAUAGGAGAACCUUUUUUGGUUCCAGGUUGAACUCAUUUGUCAUUUAGGUUCCAUGUCCUCAACUGAAACCAACAAUGGUUUUUCAAAGGGUUCUCCUACGUGGACAGCCAAAGAACCCUUUUAGGUUCCUUAUAGCAGUGUAGGGCCAAGUGCAUUCCGUUUUGCUCAAGGGUCAGGCCAGAUCAGCAGAGCUCACAUAGCCCAGAUACACACCAGGCCAGAUCAGCAGAGCUCACAUAGCCCAGAUACACACCAGGCCAGAUCAGCAGAGCUCACAUAGCCCAGAUACACACCAGGCCAGAUUGCACAACCCGUUCAUCAUCUCUUUAGGUAAACAGGCCUCCCACUCAGAGGAAUCAGCUACGUGUCUCUCUUACGUCAAGGUCAAUACAGUGUUGGAUUCAAAACUUUAUUUACGCUUUUGAUACAGGAAAUUGGAAGGAGCUGCCCAAUAGGCGCAAUUUUUUUGCUUCCGAUUUAUUUUGAAUAUAGAGGCAUAAUAACAUAUCAUAUGGUCAAUGUGUGGCUUCUGUUUUUGCUUGUUUGAUUGUAAUGGAAGCCAGAUAUUUAUGAAUAUCCUAUGUAUGCAGGUAUAUGUCCAUUGCGCCACUAUAGUCACAGAGAAGUGUAUUACCAUGUUUGUUAUAGAAUGUCCCGUGAAAAUAAUUCUGCCUCAUUGUAUUAACCCCAAUGUUAUGGAAUGACUAGUCUUUAUCAAAUAUGUUGUUCUUUUAACCUAAUGGCUAGGCGUAACACGAAGCCGUCUCUGUGGCACACAAUUAGAAUUAUGCUGACAUUGCCGUUAUGCAAUAUGAUGACGUUAAAAUGAAUUUGGCUCUGUCACAAUCUAUUAUUUUUGCACUGUGUAACCAACGGAUACCAUAUGCUGUGAUUCGAUGUUGUUGAGGCCCUGUGGAGGAUGAUGAGAGGCUGAAAAUAUGGCUUAACAUUAUUCUAAUGGUGUAACUAAGCCUUUUAUUUAGCUUUUGUUCUUAUUUGGUUUCGCUGGUUUGCAAGAAAUACUGAUGUUCAUCUUUAAAUAAAUGUUUCAUUCAGUGCCGUU